UUUCCUGGUCGGGCUGUGUAAAUUCCAAAAUUACUUGUACAAAUAUGAGCUAUAUGCAAACGGAACGGCUCACCAACGAAUAUGAGGUAUUCAAUGCCAACAUCGAGUCGAUAAUCAACAAACUUGUCAACUGCGACAAUCCCCACAACGGCCUCAAUUUGUCUGAGAAUCAGCUGCGAUUUGUCUGCUAUUUCGCGCGUAGGGCCCUUCUGGACGAAAAGAGCUUGCUAAGGAUCGCACCGCCGCUGAAGAUCUGCGGCGAUAUCCAUGGACAGUUUUCCGAUCUCCUGAGGAUCUUCCAUUUGGGCGGACCAAUACCAAAGCAGAAGUACCUCUUUCUGGGGGACUAUGUGGACCGCGGGAAGCUGUCCGUGGAGACCCUUACGCUGCUGCUCGCCUACAAGGUGCGCUAUCCGAACCAGAUAUUCCUGCUGCGCGGCAAUCACGAGUCCGCCAAGGUGAACCGCGUCUACGGCUUCUUCGACGAGUGCAAGCGGCGCUACUCCGUCAACCUGUUCCGGAGCUUCGUGGCCGCCUACGACUGUAUGCCGCUGGCGGCCGUUGUCGGCCAGAGGAUCUUCUGCGCUCACGGCGGCAUCAGUCCGCGGAUGCACUGCCUGAACGACAUCGAGGACGUGGAGCGUCCGCUGGAGGUGCCCGACGUCGGACUCGUCUGCGACCUGCUGUGGUCCGAUCCGGACGAUCGGAAUCCCGGCUGGGGCGAGAACGAGCGCGGCGUGAGCUACACCUUCGGGCACAACGUUGUGAAUCUGUUCUGCAAGCGGAUGAAAAUCGAUCUGAUCGUCCGGGCCCAUCAGGUCGUCGCCGAUGGCUACGAUUUCUUCUCCCGCCAGCUGAUCACCAUCUUCUCGGCGCCCAACUACGCGGGAAUGUUCGACAAUGCGGGGGCCAUCAUGAACGUGGACGCCAAUCUGAUAAUUACCUUCACCAUCAUCAAGCCCACCUACACGGUAACCAGAGGCGGCCCUGGGGCCUCAAUGGAGGCUACGGGACGAAAUCGUAACUUCUAGAAAUCAAUAAACCACCGUCACCAUAAAGAGUACGCCCCCAUUUGGGCGCCUGCUGGCCCCCAACGCUCC